AAAAAGUUGAGCUGCUUUAGCUCUCUAUUUCUCUCCCUGGGUUUAAAUGCUUAACUGUUUCUCAGCUCUAAUUUCCUCUCUCUCUAAAUACAGACAGUCAGAUUUCUUAUUUAUCUCAUCUCUCUCUCUCUCUCACUUCGUUUCAUAUCUCAAACAGCAGCAGCAGAGCAAGAGAGAGAGAGAGAGAAAGAAGGCGAAGAAGAGAGAAAGAAAGAAAGGAAGAAAGAAAGGAAGAAGACGACAUCGCGACACAGUUAUAGCAGGAAACACUCCACAGAAACAAACAGGAACCUCUCCCUUCCUUUCUCUUCCUUCUUCCAUUCUCAAACGUCUGUGUUGGCAUUUUUUGGAUCUACUGCCGCAUUUGGAUGUGAGGGCGAUAAAUACGCGCGGGAGGAGGAGGAGCUGCUGAAAUACUAACUUCGAUCAGAUCGGCAGAUGGCGGACGCUUCCGGCGAAGGCGAGGCGUUCCCCUUGCUGAACGGCGGUACUCCUGUAUUUGCUACGAAUGCUGCUGUUGGAACGCCGACUUCGGCGGCACCGCCACUGGCGCCGCCGCUCACGGUGUCGGGAUCCUUCAAGGAAGGUCCCAAGAGCUCGUCGAGGAGGAGGGCGGCCGCCGUCAGGAGGAGCUUCGACGCUGACAAUGAGUUCAUGACCUUGCUUCACGGCUCGGAUCCGGUCAAGGUCGAGCUCAAUCGGCUCGAGAACGAAGUUAGAGAUAAGGACAGAGAGCUUAGCGAAGCUCAAGCGGAGAUCAAGGCGCUGAGGCUAUCGGAACGACUUCGAGAGAAGGCCGUUGAAGAGCUCACUGAUGAACUCUCAAAGGUGGAUGGAAAGCUGAAAUUGACUGAAUCCCUUCUAGAAAGCAAGAAUCUGGAAAUUAAGAAGAUCAACGAUGAGAAAAGAGCUUCCAUGGCUGCUCAGUUUGCAGCUGAAGCUACUCUCAGAAGAGUUCAUGCUGCUCAAAAGGAUGAUGAUAUGCCUCCAAUCGAGGCUAUUCUUGCUCCUCUGGAGGCUGAGCUUAAGCUUGCUCGCUUGGAGAUAGCAAAACUUCAAGAUGAUAACAAAGCAUUGGAUCGACUAACCAAAUCGAAAGAAGCUGCAUUGCUUGAAGCUGAGAGAACUGUUCAGGUUGCCAUGGCUAAGGCCUCCAUGGUGGAUGAUCUCCAAAAUAAGAACCAGGAGUUAAUGAAGCAGAUAGAAAUUUGCCAGGAAGAGAAUAAGAUUUUGGACAAAAUGCAUAGGCAAAAGGUUGCUGAGGUUGAAAAACUCACACAAACUGUAAGGGAACUGGAAGAGGCAGUGCUUGCUGGUGGUGCUGCAGCCAAUGCUGUGAGGGAUUAUCAGCGGAAAGUUCAAGAGAUGAAUGAGGAAAGGAAAACCUUAGAUCGGGAAUUGGCUCGAGCAAAGGUAACCGCAAACAGGGUGGCAACAGUAGUAGCAAAUGAAUGGAAAGAUGCUAACGACAAAGUGAUGCCUGUAAAACAAUGGCUUGAAGAGCGGAGGUUUUUGCAGGGGGAGAUGCAGCAACUCCGCGACAAACUCAACAUAGCUGAGAGAACUGCAAAAUCUGAAGCACAGUUGAAAGAGAAAUAUCAGUUGCGGCUCAAAGUUCUGGAAGAGACCUUGAGAGGGUCUUCAAGUAGUAGCAGUCGCAGUGCAUCAGAUGGAAGGAGUGCAAGUAAUGGGCCAUCACGGCGCCAAUCCUUGGGCGGAGCUGAUUACCUUUCGAAAUAUACCUCCAACGGCUUUCUCCCCAAGAGAUCUCCAUCAACCCAGAGAGCUAUGUCUUCUAGUACCAGUGCUGUGCUGAAGCAUGCUAAAGGAACAUCGAAAUCAUUUGAUGGGGGCACGAGGUCACUGGACAGGGGUAGCAAAGUCCUCCUCAAUGGAGGUAGCCCAAACUGUUCAUUCAACCAGCCCACAGAUGUUUCCAAGGAUACAGAGGCCUCAAAUACUUGGAAAGGAAAUCCAGAUGAGAAGCCUGCGGACUUCCCUCCAGUAGACAGAGAAGAUAAAGUUCCUGGGAUGUUGUAUGAUUUGCUGCAGAAAGAGGUUGUUUCGUUAAGGAAAGCUGGUCACGAAAAAGAUCAAAGCCUCAAAGAUAAAGAUGAUGCCAUUGAGAUGCUAGCAAAGAAGGUAGAAACAUUAUCCAAAGCUAUGGAGGUUGAGGCAAAGAAGAUGAGAAGAGAAGUAGCUGUGAUGGAGAAGGAGGUUGCUGCCAUGCGAGUGGACAAAGAACACGAAAAUAGAGCAAAGCGGUUCAGUCACUCAAAGAGCACCGUGUCUGCUGCCCACUUGCUUCCUGGAAGCAGAAGCGUAGGACGUGGCGGGUUAACACGCAGCACUCAAUAACACAUGUAGAAGUCCAGUUUCAGCUUUUGCCAAAUCAGCAAAGGAGUGAAAGAAAACGUCUUCUUCUCCCUCCCUGGGUACUUUAUAUACAUCGUCGAUCCGCUCUUCUCUUGGUUCUGCUGUUGGUAACUCUUAUGGUCGUUGCAUGCCGAUAUCCUCUACUGCUGGUGCAUAGGGGGAGGACGAUGACAUCGUUUACGAAAGUAUAGGCGUGCUGCUUUCUGACAUAGAAACUACUUGUAUUUCCCCCGUCUGCCUUAGAUUAUAUAUCAUCAGAGCACAAAAGCAAGGUAGCAAGCAAGACAUUAGAGUUUUGGGGGCAAGGCUAACCCAACCUCUGUCCUGGUGAGGUUCCUGUUUUAUCUCCUUGUUGUUCUUUCCUUCCUUUCCUUACUCUUCGGAGUAGGGCAAGUUUGUGUGUGUGGUUGUAUAGGUGGUAGCGAGAGCGCCAUUGGCUUUCAAUUUUUAUCUCCCUUUUUUUUCCCCCAGUUUUUCCCCCCCUCCAAGUUACCACCCGCCUACCAUUUUGCAGUUUAUAAUGAUUUUGUGUUUCCCUCUCUUAAGUUUGUAGUUACUACUUGGUAGUAGUGUGGUUGUCGUUAUUUCAUCAGGGUUUGUUAAUAUUUUUGUAAUUCAGUAUUAUUAUUAUUAUUACUAUGAUUAUUAUUAUUAUGAUCAUGAUCGAAGGUACC